UUCUCCAUUCUCCAAUCUCUCCAAUUUCAUUCGGUUUCAUUCUCCAAACCCUAGAAUGCUUGAAUCGCCUCCAAAUUUCUUCGUUUUUAUUCGGUAAAGGGGUUGCUGUGUUAGGCGGUGAUUGCUGCUCCUGCGUUAGGCGGUGAUUGCUGCUCCUGCGUGUUGCUUGUGCUGUGCAGGGGCUGGUGUUGCUCUUUUUUGGUGUUGUCAUCUUUGUUUGAAGUUAGAAGGUUCAAUCACGGUCUCAUCUACAGGUAUGGACCGUAGUUGGAUGAGAGCUAAUCGAUUAAGUACUGAGUACAGACAUGGAGUGAUGGAAUUUCUACAGUUUGCGGAAAGUAAUGCUGAACUAGAACGUCCUCCUCCUGAAUUUCCUCCACUUUUUCUAUGUCCGUGUAUAAAUUGUGCAAAUAAAGAACCAAAACGUACUAAGAAAGAAAUCAUGAAUCAUCUAAUUUGUGACGGGAUUUGUCAAAAUUAUACACAAUGGAUAUGGCACGGUGAAGUAGUUGCAACGCCAAGUGUGUCCCAUAGAGAAAGUGGUAGUGUGGAUAUCGAUGAUCGACUGGAAGACAUGAUGCGUGAUAUUGGAGAAGAUUCGUUUAAGAGGGCGCAUGUGUAUGAAACUUUAUGCAGUGACAAGGAUGAACCAUUGUAUCCGGGAUGCACAAAUUUUACCCGUUUGUCUGCGGUGUUAAAAUUGUUUAAUUUGAAAGCAAAAAAUGGGUGGACCGACAAAAGUUUCACUGAAUUGCUUGAAUUGUUGAUACAAAUGCUUCCAGAAGGUAAUGUAAUGCCAAAUCGUUAUUACGAGGCGAAAAAAGUAUUGUGUCCAAUGGGUUUGGAGUAUGAAAAGAUACAUGCAUGCCCUAAUGAUUGUAUAUUAUACCGAAAAGAGUUUGUAAACUAUAAUCAUUGUCCGACAUGUAAGGCGUCUCGCUACAAAAAGAAAGAUGGUGAUUCUAGUGAUGAUGAGGUGACCAAAACGGGUCCUCCCGCGAAAGUCGUAUGGUACCUACCAAUAAUUUCAAGGUUCAAGAGAUUGUUUGCUAAUGCAAAUGACGCAAAGAAUCUUAGAUGGCAUGCAGAAGAGAGAAAAUGUGAUGGCCAAAUUCGCCAUGUAGCUGAUUCUUUGCAAUGGAAGAAAAUUGACUCUUUGUUUCCAAAUUUUGGCAAAGAGUCGAGAAACCUUAGACUUGGACUUGCUACUGAUGGAAUGAAUCCGUUUGGUAAUCAAAGUACUAACCAUAGUUCAUGGCCUGUUCUCCUGAUGAUUUACAACCUAUCUCCUUGGUUGUGCAUGAAGCGUAAAUAUAUUAUGUUAUCGAUGAUGAUUUCAGGCCCAAGACAACCAGGAAAUGACAUAGAUGUUUAUCUAAGUCCACUAAUUGAUGAUUUGAAAGUGUUGUGGGAGGAAGGAGUGGAUGUUUUUGAUUCGUAUUCUGGUGAACAGUUCAACAUGCGUGCCAUGUUGUUUUGCACCAUCAACGACUUUCUGGCAUACGGCAAUUUGUCUGGGUAUUCCGUUAAAGGGCAUAAUGCGUGUCCCAUAUGUGAAAAAAAAACAUGUUAUAAGCAACUGAAAAAUGGAAAGAAGACUGUUUAUCUUGGCCACCGAAAAUUUCUAAAUCGUUAUCAUCCAUAUCGUAGAUUGCGAAAAGCUUUUGACGGAGACCAAGAGAAUGGUGUUGCUCCAACGCCCUUAACUGGAGAGGAAGUUUAUGAACGACAACGAGACAUUAAUGUUGUCUUCGGAAAGUGCCAAAAGCCAAAAGGGAGAGUGCCAAAAGCGAAAGUGCCAAAAGCCGAAAGUGAAAGUGUCAAAAGGAAAAAGCAGCCUGUUGUGAAAAGUAUAUGGAAAAAGAGGUCAGUGUUCUUUGAUCUUCCAUAUUGGUCUAGUCUUGAUGUAAGACAUUGUAUUGAUGUGAUGCACGUGGAGAAAAAUGUAUGUGAUAGUGUAAUUGGAACACUUCUCGACAUUAAAGGCAAGACAAAAGAUGGUGCACAUGCUCGUCUUGAUAUGGAUUUGAUGGGUAUACGACAAGAGUUAUUACCACAAAAAAUCAAUGACAAGACAUAUUUGCCUCCCGCGUGUCACACUUUGUCUAAAGACGAGAAAACAAGUUUUUGCAAGUGUUUACAAAGUAUCAAAGUGCCACAUGGUUACUCGUCAAAUGUCAAGAGCCUUGUAUCAAUGAAAGAUCUCAAAUUAAUCGGCUUAAAAUCUCAUGAUUGUCAUGUCUUGAUGCAACAACUACUACCUGUGGCUAUUCGUGGGAUAUUGCCCGAUAAUGUUAGGAAAGCUAUAUGCAGGUUGUGCUUAUUCUUCAAUGCAAUAUGUUGUAAAGCAAUUGAUCCAUUGAAGUUAGACGAGUUGGAAAACGAAGCUGCAGUUAUCUUGUGUCAAUUGGAGAUGUAUUUUCCUCCUUCAUUUUUUGACAUUAUGGUUCAUUUUCCUCCUUCAUUGAGAUGUAUUAUCCCGUGGAGGGUAUAA